GCUGAUUGGCUGAAGCUGCUCUGGCGGAUGUGAUUGGCUGUUACGGCGCCGGCUCGGUCCAGCUCUGUAAGUUGUCCGGUUGUUUCCAAGAUGGCGGUGCCUGCUGGGAGGUCUGUGGUGUUCGUGACUGGAAACGCCAAAAAACUAGAGGAGGUCGUUCAGAUCCUCGGAGACAAAUUUCCCUACAAACUGGUUUCUAGAAAGAUCGACUUACCAGAGUACCAAGGAGAGCCAGACGACAUCUCCGUCCAGAAGUGUAAGGAGGCUGCUCGGCAGGUUGACGGGCCGGUCAUCGUGGAGGAUACGUGUCUGUGUUUCAGAGCUCUGGGGGGUCUGCCAGGUCCUUACAUAAAAUGGUUCCUGGAUAAACUGCAGCCAGAAGGUUUGUACAAACUCUUGGCAGGGUUUGAGGAUAAAUCAGCGUGGGCUCUCUGUACGUUUGCUUUUUCUGCUGGGAAAGACGAACCAGUGGAGCUGUUCAGAGGGAGGACUGAGGGACAAAUCGUGGAGCCCAGGGGCCCUCGAGACUUUGGAUGGGAUCCCUGUUUUCAGCCAGACGGAUACGACAAAACGUGAGACAGGAUGGGUUUUCUUCUUCUUCUCACCACCAGGGGGAGCCAGAGAUAUGCUGAACUGCCCAAAGCGGUGAAAAACAGCAUCUCCCACCGCUACAGAGCACUGGCCGCCAUGUCGGAACACUUCAGUCAGACCAACAACACGUCACCUCAGAGCAAGAAGAAGAGACAGGAGGACUGAGGGGGGGUGAGCUCCUCCUGGGUGGUUGGUUGGUUGUGUCACAAUAAAGCUUCAGUUCAUUUUUAA